GCAAUCUGUUCCCCUCUCUCCGGGCCCCUCCCUCCCUUGUUCGGUACCCCCUCUCCCACCGCCUCUCUCUCUUUCUCCGUCCCUCUCCACCUGUUGACGCCAUUGUCGGACAGACGGCAUUGUCGCCUUUUCGCCAUUUUAUCUUUUUAACAAGUCGUCCCCGCCCCUCCUGCCCUCAUUACCCUUGUGCAGUAUAAAUAGGUAAAAAAACUCAGAUUCCCAGACCACACUGGGCAGAAGGACACAGACAUGCACGUACUCUGACACUGAGGGGAACAUCAGCAGCUCACAGCGUAACAGGCAGACUGACGCAUGCACGCACAGACGUGCGCUGGCGUGGGCGCACGGGCAGAAGCGGUCAGAUAACGGCGGGGGAGAGAAGGUUCCGGAACAGACGCCGAGGCGGUCGCCGUCGCCCGGGGAGCCCCGCGGGAUGUCCGGCGAGUCGCUGUGGUGCGAGGAGGAGGAGGGCCGGGGGCCGGCGGGGGGGCAGCUGCGGGCCCCCUGGGACCCCAGCGCGUGCGGGGAGCGGGUGGUGGGGAGGCUGCUGCAGUCGGAGGGGAGGUACCUGCCCUCCGCCCUCUACGUCUCCCUGGUCCGGAGAGACCCGCGGCAGAGAGACCAGCUGGCCAAGUGGAUCCUGGAGGUGUGCUGCGAGUGCGGCUGUGAGGAGGCGGUCUUCCCGCUGGCGGUGUCUCUGCUGGACCGCUUCCUGUCCGUCUCGCUCUCCCUUCCCCCCUGCCCCUGGAGCCUGUGCUCCGCCUGCGUCCUCCUGGCCUCCAAGCUGAGCGAGAGCCAGACGGUCUGCGCAGACGGCCUGCGUGCCUGCGCAGACGGGAGCUUCACGGCCCGGGACCUGCAGGAGAUGGAACGCGUCGUCCUAGCAACCCUCCGAUGGGACGUUGCCGCGGUAACCCCUCAAGACUUCCUCCCGCACUUCUUGUCCGCGCUCGGGGAGCCGCACGAGGGAGAAACACCGGCGGGGGUCUCCCUGGCGACGCUGCGUCGGCAUGGCGACACCCUGGUCGCCAUGUGCGUCUGCGACUCGGCCUUCCUGGGAGCUCCGCCCUCCCUGGUCGCCGCGGCGGCGCUGGACGCCGCCGUUAGGGGCCUGGGCGGCAGGGGGCCUCAGCCUGGUCACGUGACCGCCGUGCUCUCCGCACUUUGCCGGACCGACGUGGCUGUGCUGCAGUACUACAGUGACCUGAUAGAGGGCGCCCUCAGAGAGCGUCUGAGAAACGGACAGAGACAAAAAGCGAGGGAGGAGAAGAGAGAAGACCAGGAUGGAGAGAUGGAGGACGAAAGAGCAAGUACACCAACUGACCUGAGAGAGAUCAGUUUUUAAAUCAGUGUGAGGAUGAGUUCAAACACACGCUGAAAAACCAGAAAUCUAAUCUUUUGAUUAGAUGUAUAAUAAGACUGAUAAGCAAUUUACCAUACUUGCUUCUAGGUCCAUUUCAUAAGAUCUUUUUUACUAUACUGAACACACUGCUGUUUAUCUAUGUUUCUGCAAUUCUGAAAAAUUGUUUUUAUUUCUAUUAGUGCAUACAACAUAGAGCAUUCAUGUUCUGUCAUAGUAUAUAUUGUAAUAUUAUUCAUAUAGAUUAUUUAUAGUUGUUAUCACUGUUUAAUAAUAUAAUAUUAUAAUUUGUUGUUUGCAUGGCAUUGUUGUUUACAUAGUAUAAUUUUGUGUUUGUGAUCAUGAUUAUUAUUUGUUCAGAUUUAUUAAUUUAACAAUUUGAAUGUAUUUAUUUAUUUAUUUUGAUGUAUUUUAUCAGUGCUAAUUUAUUUCAUUCAUUAUUACUUAUUAUCUCUGAAGAACUAUCUUUGAAAAAUGUACGUAUACACAUAUAUCUAUUUUCAAAUUAAUAUUUAAUAUCUAUAUGGCGAGUUCUUUUGAGAGCAUGUCCAUGUGGUUGUUACUUCUCAAUAAAAUGUUUUAUUUUAUUUUUUAACUUUACUGGAAAGGUGAUCAGUUUGAGAGGACUGGAGAGAUUCUCUGAUUACUGAUCUCCAUAAAAAACAAAACUGUGAUUGACACACGCUGCACUUAAUUGAUGCUGUUAUGGUAUCUACAUUACAGCUUGUCAGUAGUUGAGCAACAGCACAAUGUUUGCUGUUUCAGUUCUGUACUCCAGCACAUUGAAUUUGAAAUGAAACGAUGAAUAUGAGGCUAAAGUGCAGACUGUCUUUAAUUUGAGGGUAUUUAUCCAUGUUUGGUGAACUUAGUAGGAAUUACAGCCUUUUUUAUAUAUAGUUCCUCAUUUUAGGGCACCAAAAGUAAUGGGGCAAUUGGCUGCUUGGCAGCUGUUUCUUGGCCUGCUGUGUGUCUUUGCAUCAUUAGUUCAUGCACAAAAAAGCUAACAAAAGACUUUGAGUUGAUUCUAGGUGUUGAUUUGGAGUCUUUUACUGUUGUCUCUCAACAUGAGGACCAAAAUGGCAAUCCCAAUAAAGUAGGGUUGAAAAUUAGAAUAAAUCAAUCAGAGACAUA